UCCCGAGAAAGGGCUGGGGUGACCUUCCAACAAUGGGCUGAUACAUGCCCUCCUCUCUCCAUGUUCCUUUUCUCUGAUGGCAGCCGCUUGAGUAACUCUGAUGCUUCAACCAGUGCUGGUUGGUAUGGACACUGGGGAGCACAGAAGCUAGAAUGUACCCGUGGGCACCUCUGCCUCCCCAAGCAUGAAGUCUUCGAUGCAGAGGCUACUGCAGCAUCUGCAGGACUGAAGGCUGCCCUUAAUAGUACCCAG